UGUUUUGUACAAACUUAUAGUGCCCAUUCUGAUGUGUUUUUUCUUUUCUUUUGCUUUAGGUGCAGUAGUACGAUGAAGGGUGGAGGAAGGAGCAAGGAGCCACCUGUUGCAGGGGAGGUCACUGGCAAACGCCCCAAGCGCAAAUGCCUACAGUGGCACCCACUUCUCUCCAAAAAGGCUCUUGAUUUCUCUGAGGAGGAGGAGGAAGAAGAUGAAGAGGAGCUGGUGAAGCAGGCAGGGCUGUUCAACCAGACACAGCAUUCACAGUGUGAAGUCACAACAGAGGAAGUGGAGGAGGAUACAAACGAACAGCGGGCACGCCGGCCAAUGAAUGCCUUUCUGCUCUUUUGCAAACGCCACCGCUCCCUGGUGCGGCAAGAACACCCUCGCUUGGACAAUCGCGGGGCCACCAAAAUCCUGGCUGACUGGUGGGCUGUCCUGGAACCCAAAGAGAAACAGAAAUACACUGACAUGGCCAAGGAGUACAAGGAUGCCUUUAUGAAGGCAAACCCAGGCUACAAGUGGUGUCCCACCACCAGCAAACCAGUUAAGAGCACUUCCUGUCAGCCAGUCAGCAAUCCCCGCAAAAAAGUUUGGUCCUUUUCUUGCAACUCAUCCAAGGACUCCACUGCCAAAAAAGUGCCCAAAACGGAAAGUAUGCCACAGUUGAACUUUGCCAUGGCAGAUCCUACAAAGAUGGGGGGCCUGAGCAUGUUGCUGCUAGCUGGGGAACAUGCCCUCACAAACCGAGAGAUGUUUUCUGGGACAAUACCAAACAGAGUGCCUGACAUUUCUGAAAACAGGGUCCAGUCAGCCCUUUCACCAGUGGCUGAGUCAUCGCUGUCUGCAGCACCUGAAGGAAAGUUAUGCAGACAGUCUGCUCUCUUCCAGCUUGCUGAGAUGUGUUUAGCAUCUGAAGCUGGAAAAAUGGACACAGUUGCAUCUCAGCCAGAAGACAGCUCCUCCACAGACCCUCUCCAACAAACUGCUAUCAAGCCAGAGGUCAAGGAGGAGAGAGCAGACACUGACCUCUCCCCUGCCUCUCCUCACAAAGCAGCACUCUUACCUUCGCUCUACUCUCUCACGUCUACCUCCACUAAUGCCAUUCUCCCACAAUUCAGCAGCCAAAAUGCACUUGUCAAAAAAAAAGGUAAGAAAAGAGACGUGGCAAAGUCAAAUGACAAUGAUGAGAGCCGGUGUUCAUCAAAGAAAGUUAUAAAGAAGGCUAACCCUUCAGAAAGCCUGGACAGUGUAUUCAGUACAAUCGAGUCAGUGGCUAAAGGGGUCUGUUUGGACACAGAGGAAAAGUCCAAGAAGAAGGAUGACAAUUGUCUUAGUGGUGGGUUGCCCAAAAAGAAGAGUAAGCCGAAAAUCAAGAGCUUUGUCAAAGAUGAAGAGGAGAUGGAUGACAGCAGUGGGCAGAGUGGACAGCACAGGUCCCCUGAGGUAGAAAUGAAAGAAAAGUUGUCUGAUAUUGGCUCCAGGACAGAAGCAACAAACGUGGAAAGCACUGAUUUCCAAGGACAGACAAUAGAACCCCAUAAGUCCUCUUGCAAUCAUUCACUUGUUAAUCUUGAAGAGCACGACAAAGGAAAGGAAAGGUCAAGCGAUGCAACUUGUGAGUCUAACACUGAAAAUCGUGGGUCCAGGAAAUCAGAGCGAACCUGUAAAGGCGCCUUAUAUAAAACUCUGGUCUCUGAGGGAAUGCUGACUUCACUGAGAGCCAAUAUUGACCGAGGUAAAAGAGGUAUUUUCCGUACGUCUGAUCAUGACGCUAACUGGAGUGAUGACAGCUGGACAGUUUCACAGAUAGGACCUAAUUGUCCCAAGAAGCUCAAGAAGUCCAAGUCCAAAGACGAGUCUUCUCAGGGCCUAGGUAAACUGGAGGAGGAGUUUGAGAAGAAGUUUAACAGCCUGCCACAGUAUAGCCCGAUGACCUUUGAUAAAAAGGGCACUGCUGUUGCAAAAAAAAAGAAGUCCGACAGCACCACCAUCCAAAGAGAUGAGUCUAAGACCGGAAAAGGGCCAUCUCAGAAAAAGACUACAUUCCACAAGAUUGUUAGGACGAGAUUGCACAAACAAAAAAAGGAGAAACCAGGUGCAGUGGAAAAAGCAGUGGGACAGACUGAUUCCACACUGGAUAUAGGUUCGGAAGUCAAAUUAUGUGCUCCCGUUCCCAUAAUGUGCCCAGAUGUCCAGGGCACUGCUACCAUGGAGAUACUAGUUGGUAGCCAGAAACGAAAGGCAAGGAAGACUAAGAUUACACACUUGGUGCGCACGGCACAUGGCAGUGUGUCUCCAAGUGAGGAAGACAAAACAAGGGACCUGAACCAGGACCAGGAUAAGAAGCCAUUACCACAACAGAAUUUAUGCAAUGAAAUGGGGUGCUAUAGUCACAGAGGAGAGGAGGCAGAAAGAAGCACCAUAUCACAAGAGCUGCCUGCCUUGUUCAGCUUGGCUGCCCUCGCUGAGGUUGCAGCCAUGGAAAAUAUUCACAGAGGUCAGAGAGGCUUGGCUGAGAGUCAGAAUAACGAACUUUCCCAGACUCCAGUUCUCAUCUCCUGCGCUGAUCAGUGAAACUCUUCUGCUGUUCUGAGAAGCCACAACACGAAGGUUUGCAUUGGAUCUCAACUUUCCUCUGUGGUAGCCCCACACUGAAUGAAGACUUGAUCGAGAAGCUUUGGACAUAUUCCACCUUCCGCUUUGUGGUAAAUUUCCUCGAAGGAGAAGGAGACCUUCUCCUCCUCCUCCUCUUCUUCCUCCACCUCCUCGUUAUCUCAGUGUUUCCCCUUAAACCUUCUUUUGGUUUGGGGGAAAGAUGCCUUUCUUAAGUCCAUACAUCCCCAUCCCCACUCCCAGAUAUGCUAAUAGGGCCUUUGAAAGUAUCAAGCUAUCAACCAGUGCAUGGCUUCUCUUAUAGAGAUGGAUGUCAUGGGUUUAUUGUACAUGUUUAUCAAACAGAGGCCAUUUUAAAGUUAAGGCAUUUUAGAUGGAAAGAAAAAGAAACUGCAUUUGUUUUAGAGACAGAUCAGCUUUCUCUCAUCUUUUAUACCUCGCACAUACACCUGCUGAAGAGUUCCCUCCACCUCUGUUACAAUACCUCUGCAUUUAAAUAGCUCUUAAUCCCUUUUAGCUUCAACCCAAAAUGGCUUAAACCAGGGUAACCAACCACGAUUGGUAGACCAUUACUAACUUAGUCUUACGGUGUACUCAAACACUGAAGAAAUCUUGGUUGAGGUUUGGAUAUGUGUUAAAAUUGUGAUGCUUUACUACAAAAGUGUGGUAACCGCAAAUAAAUGUGUUAUAGCCUGAAUAUGAAAAGUAGACCUGUGCAUCACUUGCAUGUAAACAAGGAGCCCUGUCUAAUUUCUAGCAGUAGAAUCACAGUGUGGCUGUGAGGCUUGUGGGGGAAAAAACACAUUUUUGUGAUGGGGAGAUUGAGGAAAAGUGCUUAAACUAUAGUCUUAACCCUCCCACCUACACCCUCUUUGCCACCAGAAAGCCCUCAAGCAGCUUCUUGCUCAGUGUCCCAAAGUCAGUGCAAACAUUUCUGAAAAGUGAAUGCAGUUUUUGUCAAUACUUGAUCUUAUUGCAGUUUGCGUAGCAGUUAGAAAGGUUAAUUUAUGUGUACGUCUUACUUCAUGAAAGAGGUGUUUUGCUUGUUUAUACCAUAAAAAUAGACUAAUCAUAAGUUUAAGUUUAAAUUGCUCAUGUAACGGGGUAAUAAAAUGCAUCAUCUCCACCAGAGGCAGUGUUCUUACUUAAGUCAGUAGUAUCUUUAACACCCUCAGGACCUGGCUAAAACCAGCCACAAUUUCAACAUAGAUGAGAGGAGUCUCAGUGGAAUAUAUGUGUGU